AAUAAUACAAAUUAUUUUAUUUAUAAAUAAUUUCUUUUAUUUUUCUUGGAAAACCCGUUUCUGAUGCGUUGCUAUGCAUUUGGUUAUCCUCGGGACGUAUCGUUAGGCGAACGUCUGGUUCCAAUCAAGCAUACUAUACUUUAUCGUCUAACACCGCUUAGCCGGGAACCAACCUAAAGUCAUAUAAAUAUCACGAAAUCCGUGCAACUGCCACUUGGUUCAAUACCGUUUAGCUGGACUCAACUAAUUUAGCUUACGAACUCGGACUUCGUUUUCAAAGCUUACACACAAUGCCACGUGGUCGAGGGAGAUUUCGCAGGAGAGGAAACGGGCAAAACGCACACCAUGAAGCACAUAUGAGGUUGCGUCGUCGGGACAGGCCAGCUGCCGACAUAAAUGCUGCAAAUUUGGGUUGUAAUGCACGCCAAAACAACGCUGAAAACGACAGACUGCGUCGUCGAGACCGGCAAGCUGCCGUCGUAAAUGCCGCUGCAAAUGUACGUGUAGAGGCCCUGGAGAACGAUGGAGAGGCUGAAGUUGCUGUCCAAAAUGCUGAAAUCCAGACUGACCCACCACCGGAGGACCCUCGUGGCCAGAAAAGGACUGCAGAUGACCUUGAUGAAGAUAGUAACGACCUGCUGCAGCCUGACUCGGACGUGUGGAUAUUGGGGGAUUCGAUCCCAUACUGGGCAGGAGUUAGAGCCAGAACUACUGGAAAGCCAAACCUCCGCUUGCCAGGUAAGACCAUUGCUUGGCGGGCGGUUAGAGGCCUGCGCUGGCAAACGCUCCGCAAUUGUAUUGAGGCUUCAGUAUUAUUAGCUUCUCCACCAAAGAUCCUCGUAAUCAACCUUGGAGGAAACGAUUUGACUUCUCGAUCUAUUUUACAGAUCAGAAACGUUAUUGAGAGAGAAAUAAAAUACUUUAGAGCAGCUUUCCCUGACACAGUUAUCAUUUGGGUUGAUAUAUUACCCAGACGCAAGUGGCAAGGAGCCCUUAAGUCUUGGAAAACUAUUGAAUUCAAGAGAAGGAGAAUUAAUCGUUGGGGUCGAUACCUGGUUAGUUGUAAAGGUCGUUACGACUCUCUAUCACACGACAUUGAUGUAGAGACUGAAUUUUGGCUACGUGACGGGGUCCACCUCAAUGACGUAGGAUUAGAGUUCUAUCUGGAUGGCUUAAGGGAUAUACUGCUAAAAAACUUAAGUUAAAAAAAAAAAAAAAAAAAUGUAGUUACAGUAAACAUUCAAGAACAUAUAUAGGCUAAACAUCUUUUUCGACAAAACUGAUGUUUAAUCAUUUCAUAUGUUGCAGUACCUUUUGUUCAUUUAGUAAUCAUUUACUGCAUUUGGGUUUCUACGCAGAAUUUUGGGGGAUAAAUUUGUUAAAAAAUUUAUUGUGGCGGAAAAUUCUGUCAGUCGAGGGUCGAGCUAGCCAGUCUUACAAAACGCGCCGUUAUUAAUGUUCAAAUUCAGUAUUUUUGCAGUAAUCAUAACGGUCGUGUUUGCUCAGUGAUCGUCGUUGGGGCUCCGGCUUCAUUCCCGUCGGUCAUGGAGCAAAGGCGGCUGGUUUUCUUUAUUGUAGCUGUAUGUAAUCGGGUUGAUUUAAUCUAGUAAACUGUUGCGUUUGCACAGUUUCCAUGUUGCGUUUCUAGGUUUUGCCCAUAAGGUGCUGGCAAUCCUAGCUUGCUUGUACUGUUACGCUUGCCAAAUGACGUGUCUUGGUUUUGUACUUAGGCGUCGCCUUAUUCGUAACAGUAUUGCCAUUUGCUAAAUGAAUCCGCAACAGUAUUCGCUUUUAGCUUAGUUAAUUGCCGGUAAUUCGUUGUAGGCUUGUUCUUCUCUCGGCUGAUAGGAUUUCUCUUCAGUUGACAGUUGCUUCGGCAUUCCCUGUCAUCUGUUAAGUGGCCAAUAUCUUCCAUACUUCUAUUAAUAAUUAUGGCAGCUUACUACUAGUAUUCAUAAAUAUGACUAUACAAUGUGUAAUGUUAUCUUAUCUUGGCUAGUAAAGGCCGUAAUAAAUUAUUAAACUUACAGAAUUUUGGUUUUGUGUUGUGUCAAGUUCUGACACAAAGGUAUCACUUUAUCAGCUUCUGUCCGUCAGUCCGCUCGCUCAUAUAAAGAUCUGUCGUCAAUAUUUAAGGGGAUGGACGUCAGUCCAGAAAUAAUUAGAGCGUCACAGGUUAUGCUGUCGCCGUGGCGGCAACGUCCAUUAAACAUCA